CCUAAGCUGACCCUAUGUUUGGGUCCGUAACCCAAUAUGCCUAACCGUAAUAAACAUAAGUACUUAUACCCUUCGAUAUCUACUGUUUAUUUACUUUAUAUAAACGCUCCACUCGCGAGACUCUAAACGAAGAUCUCUCUUGAGCGAACAGUUAGUUAGUUCUGUGUCGUCUCUCGUAGCGAAUACACCUCGCUUUAUAAUUGUCCAGAAUAAAGUAUUUCGUAAGUGAACAGUUGUCUAUUUACUUUGAUACCUUACGUGGCUUCGGCUUCGUAACAGCUAUCGAAAAGCGUUUGAAAAGCAAGCGAAGAAACUGCGAAGUUUUUAAUAAUUUCUUCUCAUGGCUCAAUAAAAAAAUUACUCAGUGUCCUACAUGUACUUGAAGAAUUUUAUUCAAUGCUAUUGCAUUAUUCUAUCUGUAUCGUACAUACCUUAUUGUAAAAAUGUAAAACAACUCCAACCCCAAAAGAUGUAUAGCAUCCGGUGUUGUAAAACAAGAAUGAUGUAAUUCAUGUAAUAGCGCUGAGGGUCUUGAAUUUCCUGAACACGCCUUGUACGAAAUAGUGACGAUAGGCUGUGAAAUCGUGGAGAUUAUUGUUAUUGUGCAGCAACGCCAGUAACGGCCGCACUACUAUCAGCCAAUAAUAGGUAUUCUUUUUAGCUGAAUUUCAUGCACGGAUAAAAAAACCAGCCAUGUUCGAUUGGAUAGACUGAUCAAAACAGACCCAAUUGAGGACUGAGCAAGGAUUCGACCGCGAUCCACUGAGGUGGAUGUCUGUGGCGGAGUGAUUCUGGAAUCUUCUAAAAUCUUCGCGGUAUAGUAUCUCACCACGCUGAAUCUCAGUGCCGUUUGGAAGUUAGAUCGUAUCACACGUCCGCCUGGGUGUAGGUUCCACAAAAAAAAGAAGAAAGAAGAAGGGGACUGAGCAAGUAGAAGGUCUUUUGCGUCCUGCGAAUGUUUAUGUUAAGUAACAUACAUUAAACUGCAUAAUCCAACUAGGAACCCAACAAGUGCAUAACGCAAAUAACAGUGUCCACGAGAUUUGUCAAGUGCAAGUGCCGUCAUUUCUUCGUUGCGAUGCAAAAAAACGAUUUGAAGACUUCGACGGAGGCAAUCGGGUCGAAAAGUCCAUCUCCGAAAGAAAUAUUCGAGUAUCUGAACAAACACGUUGCGGGCCAGGAGUAUGCGAAGAAGAUGCUGAGUGUCGCCGUUUACAACCACUACAAGCGGAUUUCCAACGUGUCAGUUCAAGAGUCGCAGACACAAACUAAUGACAGCAAGCGACAUCAGCUGAAAGUGGGAAAGACCAACGUACUCUUACUCGGUCCUACGGGCUCUGGCAAAACGUUACUAGGGCAAACGUUAGCGGAAUACCUGGAUGUCCCGUUUGCCGUCUGUGAUUGCACCAGUCUCACGGAAGCCGGUUACAUUGGCGAGGACGUCGAGACUGUCCUAACUAAACUCCUUCGGAAUGCUAACUAUGUAAUAGAUCGUGCUCAGAUAGGCAUCGUCUUCUUGGACGAGAUCGACAAGAUAGCUGCUACCAUUGGAUAUUGGCGUGACGUGUCUGGGAAAGGUGUGCAGCAAGGCAUGCUGAAGAUAUUGGAUGGAACAAUUGUGGACGUUCCGAAGAAAAUUUACUUGCGUGGGGAUCAUGGGGAGACGUUGCCAAUGGACACCACGAAUAUUCUUUUCAUUGGAUCGGGCGCUUUUAGCGGUUUGGACAGGAUGAUAGCGGGACGCAGAUCAGAAAAACAUCUCGGAUCUGAUGCGACGUCUACGAUCGAGGACCCGGACAGGGUAGCGGCCGACGUCACCAAUAUGUCACUUUCAGAGAAGGAUAAUAACGAGGAUAUGUUACAACAAGUGGAAGUUGGAGAUCUCAUCAAGUUUGGCAUGAUACCUGAAUUCAUUGAUAGAUUCCCUGUGCUCGUGCCUUUUCACUCCCUCGACAAGGACGCGCUGGUGCGAGUUCUUACCGAGACGAAAAAUGCCAUCGUUCCUCAGUAUCAGUUGUUAUUCUCGAUGGACAAGGUGGAUCUAACAUUCGACACACAAGCAUUGGAUGCUAUUGCCUCUUUGGCAGUGGAAAGGAAAACGGGAGCGCGGGGUUUGCGAGCUAUAAUGGAAUCGCUGCUUUUGGAGACUAUGUUCGAAGUACCGGGGAGCGAUAUAGUGUCCGUCCACAUUACAGAACAAUGCGUAAAAGGCAUUGAAAAGCCACACUACAUGAAACGAAACAACGAAAAGCAGUAAUGACGAUUCAGCAGGUGUACACGAUUAAUAAAUAAUUAAAAAAUUAAAAUUACGCAAAGAGAGAGAGAAACCUAUAGCUAUGCAAAAUAUAACGCAAAAUGAAAACACUUGCAUAGAAAUUUUCUAAUUCUAUAGUUACCUGUAACGUUUGAUAAAGAGUAAUUUGUGUUUGUAAUAAAUCUGUAAUAUGUA